AUGGCUACUGGAGCAGUGAAGGAGCCUCGUGCACAGGGCCCAGUGGCCUUUGAGGACGUGGCCGUGUACUUCUCCUGGGAGGAGUGGGUACUUCUCGAUGCGGCUCAGAAGCUCCUGUAUUUCGACGUGAUGCUGGAGAACUUCGCCCUCGUGUCCUCCCUAGGACGGAGCCUCCUCACACAAGGCCCUUGA